CAGCUAUGAGCCGUUGCACCAGUGGAAGAUUAAUGUGCUGAGGGUCAACGACAGCUCUACGCAGGCGGCCCUUACCCUCCUGAGGGAUCUCUUCGUCUGUCGCUUGCAGUGUCACCCCCAGCAGGUGGCUUACAUGGCCAGCCAACACUGGUACCUCCGCUGGAACACCCGCCUCGCCUCUCUCUGCCACCAGCAGGAGAGGGAAAAGCAAGAAAGUCAGCAGGGAUCGCAGAAGAUGCAAGAAAACCAACAGGAAGAUCAACAGAAACAAGGAAACAAACAGGAACAGCAUAAGAGGUCAGGAAACCAACAGGAACAGCGGCGAAAGCCGGGAAACCAACAGGAACAGCAGAAGAAGCCAGGAAACCAACAGGGACAGCAACAGAAAGAAAAAAACCAUCAGGGACAACCGAAGAAGCAAGUGAACCAGCAAAAACAGCAGCAGAAAGAAGAGCACUAUCAGGAGCAUCACCAUGAUCAAGGAAACCACCACCAGGAUCAGCUCCAGAAGGAACUCAACCAGCAGCAGGAGCCAGAAACCCAACAGGAACUGCCGCAGCAAGAGUACCAGCAGGUAGAACUGGGGAAUGCCUCCUGCUCCAAUCCUGCCUUUGUCAGCCAAGUGUGUCGCAGCUCUAGCCUUCACGUGGUCAAGGUGUUGCGUCUGGGGCUGGAGUGGGUGUUGCCGCUGCUGGAGGAGGCGUCGCUGGACUUGCAGGUGGUCUACCUAGUGCGUGACCCCAGAGCUGUCCUCAGUUCCCGAGCGCGAGUAUCGUGGUGUAGCGCCCGGUCCUGUCGUGAUCCAGCCUACCUGUGCUCUCACCUCCACCAGGACCUCCUCCUCCUGCCUCACCUCCGUCAGUUGUACCCACACAGGUUCAGGAUGGUGUUAUACGAGUCAUUUCUGGAGGAGAUUGAGACUUCCGUCACAGAGCUCUUCAGCUUCCUACGUCUGCCGGUGUCAGAGAAGCGGUUGCUGCUUCUCAGCAUCUCCAGGCAGGGCUCCUCGCUCCAAGACUCAGCUCAAGACAAUCUCAAAUCAGGUCAAGACAACUUCAGGUCAGCUCAAGAAGCAAGUCAUGCGAGGGGGACAUACGGGACUACGAGGAACCUCAAGUACCAGGCUCGUCUGUGGCGCUUCAGAACACCCUUCAGGGAGGUGCUGAACUACCAGACUCACUGCCAUGACGUCCUCAGGCUCCUUGGGCUGAGGAUCUACACUUCGGCCAGGAUAUACUCCAUGCACCGCCUCCAUGUCCUCCUCCCAUCCCCGCCCACACCUGAAUUUGUACAUGUGCCUCCCACCUACACCUAAACUGCACAUAUGCUUUCCACCCUUGGCAGAUUUGAAAGCGUACAUGUGUUUCUCACCCACGCCCACAUUUGAACACGAUCUUGGGUCUCCCACCCAGCAACAUACCUGAGAUCGCACAUCUUCCAUCCACUCCCAUGUUAAAGAAGAGUCCCUUCCCACUGCCAACCCUGCCUGAAUCAAGCCUCUAUCGAGCUCAGUCUCGCCCAACCAAUCACUCUAUAUAUUCUCAAUGUUUAUGUACUGAGAGAAAUAGUGUAUUUUUACUUGGAGGGGUGUAUAUCUCAGUAUGAGUUCACUUUAAUCCUUACAUUAGGGAUUUAAGACAUCUUUGACUAUUAGUGUUCAGGUGACUUGCAGCCCUAACAACCACGCAUGUACCAUGGUCCUAUAUCCUCACUCUCUGCCCAAACAAAUGUCUCGCUGAGUUCAAUACAUAUAUAAUAUUCGGGGGAAGCUCUAAACCCAGAAGGUUAUACAGCAUUCCUAUGCUUAAUACAACAACUAAUGCUAAAAAACUAUCGUGUGCCUUAACACUACCGCCCAUACACAAGUGAGGUAUAAUAAUAAUAAUAAUAAUAUUAUUAUUAUGUUAUUAUUACUACUAUUAUUAUUAUUAUUAUUAUUAUUAUUAUUAUUAUUAUUAUUAUUAUUAUUUAGGCUUUUAUUAUUCUUGAUCGUCAGUUCUUCCGAAAACUUCCCGAGCACUCACACACCAAACUAUAAAUGCAACCACAACGAUGAAGAAGAAAUACUAAGGUUUGUAUUGAAAUGUAUGUGAUGACCAAGUCUUUCAAGCACUUUCUUUUCAUGUUUAUACAGUUAUAAGUGUAUAUAAAUUUUAUUGACCUGUAUCAAUAGAUGAUAUCAAAUACUACAUACUAAGAUGUUUGUCUGCUGUGCAUCCUUGAUGUUACUGAACCUUGCUGGUAGUGGGGUUGUUAUUUAUAUUUUUUAUACCUUUUUAUCAUAAAAAAGCUCAAUAUACGUGAAAAAUAAUAAUAGUCACACGUUGCACCACUACAUUAGAGUCUAACAUAACAAGACCUGAGGGGACAUGCAGAUUCAAACCUUCAGGUCAAGGACAUGAAAAAACGAAGUCUAAGGAAUGGACCAGUGUCAGACGCCCCACCUCGCCUCUGAGAAAAAUUCCCCCUCAACCUGUCUACUGUCAGUCUUGUAACACGGCAUAGCUCCUGACGAAGUACGAAGUGUGAAAAGGCUUGAGCUGAUGUUUUUCAAACCCCCGUGGCUUAUUUUGCACAUAUAAGUAAAGAGUCACUCAACACUGUACACUAUGUAAGUCAGGCCCAUAUUGGAGUAUGUAUACAGCACCAGUAUGGAAUCCACACCUGGUCAAGCAUGUCAAGAAAUUGGAGAAAGUGCAGAGGCUUGCAACAAGACUGGAGUUUAUCUGGAGAGAGUUCCGGGGGUCAACGCCCCCGCGGCCCGGUCUGUGACCAGGCCUCAUGGUGGAUCAGAGCCUGAUCAACCAGGCUGUUACUGCUGGCUGCACACAAUCCAACGUACGAGCCACAGCCCGGCUGGUCACGUACCGACUUUAGGUGCUUGUCCAGUGCCUGCUUGAAGACAGCCAGGGGUCUAUUGGUAAUCCCCCUUAUGCAUGCUGGGAGGCAGUUGAACAGUCUCGGGCCCCCUGACACUUAUUAUAUUGUCUCUUAAAGUGCUAGUGACACCCCUGCUUUUCAUUGGGGGAUGUUGCAUCGUCUGCCGAGUCUUUUGCUUUCGUUGUGAGUGAUUUUCGUAUGCAAGUUCGGCACUAGUCCCUCUAGGAUUUUCCAGGUGUAUAUAAUCAUGUAUCUCUCCUGCCUGCGUUCCAGGGAGUACAGGUUCAGGAACUUCAAGCGCUCCCAGUAAUUGAGGUGUUUUAUCUCCGUUAUGUGCGCCGUGAAGGUUCUCUGUACAUUUUCUAGGUCAGCAAUUUCAGGGUUAUGUCCUGGAGUAUACCUGGAGAGAGUUCCGGGGGUCAACGCCCCCGCGGCCCGGUCUGUGACCAGGGCCUGAUCAACCAGGCUGUUACUGCUAGCCGCACGUAGUCCAACGUAUGACCCACAGCCCGGCUGGUCAGGUACUGACUUCAGGUGCCUGUCCAGUGCCUGCUUGAUGACAGCCAGGGGUCUAGUGGUAAUCCCCUUUAUGCAUGCUGGGAGACAGUUGAACUCAACCUGACGACACUGGAGACAAGAGGGCUAGGGGGGAUAUGAUAAAUGUGGAAAAUUGCAUUUAUCUGAAUGUAACUCAUUAUAUACAUAACAGAAAAUGAUAACAAAGAUAAUUAUUAUUUAUCAAUGUUACAUAGACAAGUAGGAAUUUGGGACACCUAGGCCGCAAAAAAUGUCCCCCUUCAAUACCUACCACUGUCAUAACCACAAGUUGCUCUGGACCUAUUAAUUAAAUGAAAUAUACAUACACCAGGAAUACUGGUAAAUAUAUAAAUUUGUGGACUGUAUAUUAAAAAUUAAAGAAUAAUUAUAGAUAUACACAAUUACAUAACAGAAAGAAAAUAUAUCUUAAUAUCACUCACCAAUUUGAGUGGAGAUUAAUGUGUAUCAUACUCGGAAAACCUCACUCUAACUAAAUUUAUGAAAACACUGGCCAGAAUUAUACACAAAUCUAGAGAGCUUAUCUGAGGUUCCUGGAGCUGUCUUGUCCAGUCGUCUGAUAUCUCAAGUUAUGCAGGAAUGCACAUCCACCAAUUUCGCCUCCUAUUUGAGAGGUGUCAGCCCAAUUUUAACCUCUAGAGCACGAAAAUUCCUUCCCAUUACACUAACGUUAUAUCCAAUUCAAAACCAAGAUGGCGAGUCUCCUGCCCAGACGCAGGCUUUCCGUUUUCUAUGAUAAAUAUUAUUAAAUACAGUAUAGGCCAUCUAUUUACCUAUAAAUUACCGUAUUUCCGGAAAAUAUAUACAGUAUUUUCCACAAUAACAGCAUAUAAAAUACUGAAAGAAAUUGACGGGAUCAAUAAGGACAUUGUUUGAAUGAUGGGAAACAGGAACACAAAGGUACAGCUGGAAGCUGAAAACUCAGAUAAGUCGGGAAAUGUUAGGAAGCAUUUCUUCAGCCUUAGAGUAGUCAGGAAGUGGAACAAACUGGAGAAUAACGUGGUCGAGGAAGGAUCCAUACACAGCAUUAUGAAGAGGUACGACAAGGCUCUCGAAGUCAGGAGUGAAUCUAGUAGGUACCAGCUAAAGGGUGAGACCAGCUGUGAAUCGACCCUUGCAGCCACACAUAGGUUAGUACAGUAUGGCUUCAGGGAUCAGCCAUCUAUCAAAGGUGACGGACAGAUCACGCCAAAACUACUACUGUCUCCAGUUUAUAUUCACCUGUAUUAGACUGAAAAAAACCUGUUGUGCAGUAACUGUAUAUCAUUAUUAUUAUUAUAAUCAUGGGGGAGUGCUAAACCCGUAGGACUAUACAGCGCAUGUUGGAGGGGGAUAUGGAAGGUAUUCAGGCUCAAUUCAGGGAACCGGAGCACAGAUCCAAUUCCCUAGAUCAAGAGCCCCUCACAUACUGAAAUCAGCAUUCAGUAUGUUGAAUGCUUAUUUCAAAAUUACCCUCCAAUUUUACAGUGGGCGGCGACCCUUAGCAACAGAGGAGACACGCCCACCUCUCAACAUAAUGCUUCUCAGACCACACUUGCAAAAAUAUAGAAUUACAACCGAAAUUUAAAUCACAUAAUCUAUAAUUAUGAUCUAUGAUAUAAUUAUAAUAUAUAUAAUUAUGAGUGAAGUUAACAGAUGUUGUAUUUAAAAUUUUAAGGAUAUGUCCAGUGUAAGGAGUGAGAAACACUACAGAAGGGAUACUUAAUAGACUUUCCCUUCUUUCAACUAGAACUUAAUUUUGGCCAAAUUGACUGAAUUCCUUAACCAGGUGUGAGGAUGUCUCGCUCUACCCUUGCCUAGAGCAUCAGUGACGAAUUUUCCCUAUUUUCUUCCUCGGGAGUCUGUCCUCUUCAUCAUAAUGCCAAGGCAUGAUAGUGGCUCUCUUUGCACUGCAACUCAUUUUUGUAAUUACAUAAUCACAAUGUAAACUUACAGGGAAAUAAAAAUUUGUAUUAGUAAAUUUGUAUCUCUCUGGGCAAUUGGUCGGGGCAACAUAAAUCAGUUCGUCAUAAGGCAAGCCAAAGCCUACUGUUGUUGACUUUGAUAGGAAGGUGUGGACAACUGUAAUUGCCGAGAUUUAAAUAAGGGAAUCCACCUGACGUAAAUGGGACCUUAUUGUUCUCGUUUCUCUUCCUUAUUAGGAAACUUUGUUUCCUGUAUAAUUCCCGCCCAUAUUUGGGCACAUUUUUCGUGGACUCCCGGGAAGCAGGG